AUGCGACUCCAAGCCCCUGUCGUGAUCACUGGUACAGCCCCCCCCGGUUUUCCCCCUUGUGAUUGCCAACCCCUGGUCGAACCAGUUCCCUCAUCGGCUCUAAUCGACCUAUCAGAAGACUUGUCGGACGAGCACCAUGCCCUUGUUGCGCAAACCAUGACAUCGUUCCAUCACAUAGCAACCAACUUGUACAAAGGCGACCAACGAAUCUUGGAGUUAUGGCGUGGCGAUUUCCCAGUUCCCAACCCCAAUCUGGUUCCUCUUCCCCGGACCCCCAUGGCAAGGCAAUGCAGCUGCUGGAUGCAAAACAAUCGAGGCAAAGCAGCGACGUGCAAUACUCAGGACUGUAUCAACUUUGCGGAGUACAUCUUUUGUCCCGAGAACUGCAAAUCUCGCCGACUCUGCGGCAAUCAAGCCUUUGGCGACCACCCACUUGCGGUUCCGCACGAAGUUUUCGUUACCAAGUCGACUGGCCUUGGAGUGCGAGCGAUGGCAAGCAUUGCGCGUGGAUGCUCCGUAAUGGAGUACAUUGGCGAGGUGAUCAAGAAAGCCGAAUUUGAGUCGCGCUAUGCAAGCAUGGUCGAAGCCGGAGAGGUAGAUUUCUACUUCUUGAGCCUCCGUGAUGAAUGCUUCAUUGAUGCCCGAAAUUACUCCAACAACUCCCGCUUUAUCAAUCACUCCUGUGAACCAAACUGUGCCAUUGAAGUCUGGAAGGACAGUGGCGUCAAGCGGGCGGUCAUUGUUGCGCUCGACGAUAUCGGACGUUUGGAGGAACUGACGUUCGAUUACAAUUGGUGGGAUACGUUUGAUGCCGCGAACUUCCAGUGUCGUUGCGGCAAAUACGCCAUGUACUGGCACCAGGCUUUCCUUUCCACCACCAUUUGCGAAUUUCAAAUCGACGUCAUGAGUUCCAUGGCGCGCGUGUGGGGCGCGAUGGCGCGGGGCGGCGUUGGACCCUCGUCCCUUCGGCGGCGGAAGGCAACAUCCCUCUUGAUGCAUCGCGCCACUGGGUUUCAGCCGCGUCCGUCCUUGUCACGUCCGUGGCACUUGCAUGUGGCUGGCCUUUCCACCGACAACAUCAAGACGACCAAGCACAAUGAGCCGCCUUCCACGUCGUCCAAAGAAAUCCUGACGUCUCUUGCGAGCUACCUGUGGCCGCAUGGAACGUCCAAGGAAGCGUUGGCGGUCAAGUCGCGCGUCGCCGUGUCGGUGGGCCUUCUCGUCGCCGGCAAACUCAUCAACAUCCAAGUGCCGUUUCUGUUCAAAGAGCUCGUGGAUCUCAUGGGGACGUCUGCCACAUCCCCCGAAGCCGCGCUUGUUGCCGUCCCCGUCAGUCUCGUCCUUGGGUACGGCCUCGCGCGGUUCUCUGCGAAUGCGUUCCAGGAACUCCGCGCAGCGGUGUUCGCCAAGGUCGCCCAGGGCACCAUCCGUCAAGUGGGCCGCCGCGUGUUUGAGCACCUGCACACCCUCGACCUGCGCUUCCACUUGAACCGGCAGACCGGCGCGCUGGCCCGCACGAUCGACCGCGGCAGUCGGUCCAUCGACUUUGUCCUGCGUAGUCUGCUCUUCAGCGUCGUGCCCACGGCGUUGGAGAUUGGUCUAGUGUCGGGAAUCAUGGCGCACCAGUUUGGCUGGGAGUAUGCCGCCAUCACCAUGGGAACGUUGACGGCGUACACUGGGUUUACGAUUGUGGUGACGCAGUGGCGGACGGACAUUCGUCGUCGCAUGAACAAGCUCGAGAACGAGGCGUCGGGUCACGUGAUUGACUCGCUCAUGAACUACGAGACGGUCAAGUACUUUAACAACGAAGCGCACGAAGCCACCAAGUACGACGCGACCAUACAGCAGUACCAGGACGCGUCUCUAACGACCCAGACCAGCCUCUCGUUUCUCAACGCUGGUCAAAACGCCAUCUUUUCGGCGGGGCUCACGGCCGUCAUGUACUUGGCCACGCAAGGUAUUGUGGACGGACACUUGACGGUGGGGGACCUCGUGCUCGUGAACGGGCUCUUGUUCCAGCUCAGCAUUCCGCUCAACUUUAUCGGGUCUGUCUACCGCGACGUGCGGCAGAGUGUCGUGGACAUGGAGGCCAUGUUUGCGCUGCAAGCGGUGCCGUCGAGCAUCCCCCCGCCAUCGUUUGCCACGUCAUCAUCCUCCUCUUCUUUAACCCGAUCGCCCAAGUCGAUUACGUUUGAAAACGUAUCGUUUGGGUAUCGACCCGACCAGCCGAUCCUGAACGGCACGUCGUUCACAGUACCCGCGGGGCGGACGGUGGCGGUCGUGGGCUCGAGCGGGUCGGGCAAGUCGACCAUCCUUCGGCUCUUGUACCGAUUUUACGACGCCGACGGCGGCCGCGUGCUCGUCGACGGCGCGGACGUCAAGGACCUCCCGAUAGACGACUUGCGGCGGUUGAUUGCCGUGGUGCCGCAGGACACGGUGCUUUUCAACGACUCGAUUGCGUACAACAUUGGGUACGGUAACCUCAGCGCAUCCCGCGAUGACAUUGUACAUGCGGCCAAAGUGGCGCAGAUCCACGACUCGAUCGUGCAGUUUCGCGACGGGUACGACACCAAGGUGGGCGAGCGAGGACUCAAGCUGAGCGGCGGAGAGAAGCAGCGCGUGGCCAUCGCCCGUGCCAUGCUCAAGGACGCGCCCGUGCUCCUCUUUGAUGAGGCUACGAGCGCGCUGGACUCGGAGACGGAGCAUGAAAUCGUCAAGCAGUUCAAGGCCAUUGGAUUGCACAAGACGACUGUGAUCAUCGCCCAUCGACUGAGCACGAUCCAGGAUGCUGAUGAGAUUGUCGUGUUGGACAAGGGCCGCGUGGUGGAGCGAGGGACGCAUGUCGAGUUGGUCGACCGCCAAGGCGGCAAGUACGCGGAAAUGUGGCACCGACAGCAGCACUCCAAAGCCAGUCGGCAUGGAGACAAGGAAAAAGAGUAGGUGGAUAUGGACAAUGUAUGAUGAUAUAUCCAAGGGUUGAGAUGUUGUACA